CAUGGCCCCACCGCAUUCAAGGGUGCUCAGAAUUUACACGUUCCAAGAGACGCAGGUGGCCCGUAAGUCGGCACUUAAAGACUUGUUGAACAUAUCCCUCGCCUGCAAGGCGUUCUAUUUCCCGGCAAUGACCAUCCUCUGGCGCUAUAUGGACUCCUUGAUGCCGUUUCUGAAACAACUGCCAGGUUUUAUAUCAGUUGACGGAAAAUAGACAUUCCGAGAUGGAGUCAUUCUCGAGGAGCACUUCGAGCGCCUCCUUUCUUACACCAGGAGAACAAGAGUGCUAAAACUCGGCGGCAAUUUCGAAGAGGACGUCUCCGACGAUGUGAUCCCUCUCCUUGCGAUGCAUGCUGGCCAGACUCCCCUCUUCCCUGCUCUCAGAGGGCUUCAUGUCGAGCUUUCGGAGGACAUCUCCGACGCAUAUCUGGCCGCUGUUGUCCUUACUGCGUCACCGUCCCUUAGCGAAAUCGUUUUCAAAGGGAUAUCGAAGGCCCAUGAGACUAGGAUUCCAGCAGCUUUCCUCAAAAGGCACCUGACAAUGCCAUCUGCUAGCAUGUCCACCCGCGCUAUCGUGCUAUCUGGGCAUUGUCACCAGGUGUCACUUCAACCGCUUUCCAGAUUCAAGGGUUUGCGCCACCUCGAACUCAGGGCUCUCAGGGCUCAAUCUCGCAUUGCCCUUUAUCCUUUCAACCUUUUUCCACAGAUGAAAAAUUCGUUACACUCCUUGUUGUUGGAGUUCUGUUCGGGAGGUCGUGCCAACCCCAACGCUGUGAGGAAGUUCGCUGGCAAAUAUGUCCAAUUCCUCGAGCUCGAUCAGGUUCUCCUCUCUGGAGACGCUGAUGUGAUAGCCACUAUCUUGCCACAUAUGCGACCCGGUGAUAAAUUGCGACGCCUGGUCUUUUCGCUCCGGAUGUCUAGAGUCAGUACGAGUACACUGGAGGAUUGUCUACUUGAAAUCAUUCAGGGCAUGAUUCCUCUGGUCUGGUCGUCUCUUCGAAUAUCUGAAGUGCAUAGAUUGCCCUCUCAUGUACAGGGCGAACUCACCACAAAGGUCUUGGAUGUGCUAACCGGAUUCCCGCACCUCAAGACAUUAAAUUUUCGCGUCUCAAAGCUUGAAGCGGACCUCGUCGAUUUUUUUAAUCGGACCAACGCAGAUCCACCGUUUUGGCCAAACCUCCAGGUCUUCCGCCUCGAAGGCGAUUGCCCCCAACUCAAACUAUCACCAUCCCUGCAUUUGCUGGCUGCACGCUUCCCGAGGCUCAAAACACUCAUCAUAUCUUUCGACCGCUUGAGCCGAUUUGAUGUUCCCGUCCUGGAGCAACAUCUUCUGAGGCUUCAUCCUCACGUCGCUCUACGGGAGCUCGAAAUUCGGGUCGGAGACGGCUCGGGUUGGGACAUCUAUUCCCUCGAGCUGUGCAUCGUUCUGGCGCGAUAUAUCGAUCGGCUGUUCCCUAAUGCAAGCCUAAAGUUCAGCAUGAGGGGCGAAUGGUGGGAGAAAGUGGAACGUAGGAGGGACGAAGAACGAACUGUCAGGCUGCGUCCUCCCGAGAGCACAUCUUUGUGGUCUUGCGUAUGUUUCUA